AUGGAUUCUGAAUUGUCGAAGCAAAGCCUCUGGGUCCCUCGACGGGCUUCCACCGCCUCUCCCAUAGAGUCUCCCACCUCCCCCACCAGCGGUGCCCAGGUACAGCCAUCAGUCCCCGAGCACACUGAGAACGACGACGAGCCCUCCCCGUUGUCCCCGUCGGACCCGACAUCCGGGGAACCACAGCAGCGGCAGCGACGGGACUCGCGCGUCAAGAAUACCGGGCGCCGCAUCGCGCAGAUCGUUAAAUUGAAGCCCGAGUUUGUGGAACAGUACAAGGAGUAUCACGCAAAUGUGUGGCCCGAGGUGUUGAAGCAGAUCAAGGAGUGCCAGAUCCGUGAUUAUUCGAUAUUCCACGAUCCCGGAACUGGAAUACUCUUCGCUUCAUUCCUGUAUGUCGGCUAUGGGUUCGCUGACGACAUGGAGCGCAUGCGCGAUAAUCCGAAGGUGAGGGAGUGGUGGGCGCUGACCGACGGGAUGCAAGAGAGUCUCGUUGAAGGGGCGGUCUCUAGCGCCGACGGUGGGUGGUGGAGGGAGGUCGAGAGCGUUUUCUACGCUGCAUGA